AUGCCAUCCUUCAAUCAGAGCAUCUUCCACCCUGCAGUUUUCUUCCUUACGGGCAUCCCUGGUUUUGAAACUUACCAUGCCUGGAUCUCUAUCCCAUUCUGUUGUCUCUAUGCCGUUGCCAUCACUGGGAAUGGAAUGAUCUUGUUUGUCAUCAUCACUGAGCCAAGUCUUCAUGAACCCAUGUACUAUUUCCUCUCUAUGCUAUCCUGCACGGACCUAGGACUGUGCCUUUCCACAGUGGUCACCAUACUGGGUAUUUUCUGGUUUAAUGCUCGAGAAAUCAGCUUUGAUGCCUGCGUUGGCCAAAUGUUCUUUAUCCAUGGUUUCACGUUCAUGGAGUCCUCAGUACUCCUGGCGAUGGCCUUUGACCGCUUCAUUGCCAUCUGUAACCCACUGAGAUAUGCCACAAUCUUAACCAAUUCAAGGAUCAUCAAAGUGGGCUUUGCAGUAGUUAUUAGGGGAACAACAGCUCUAGUGCCUUUACUUCUGCUCCUUAAGCGUCUGUCCUUCUGCCGUAGUCAUGUUCUGCACCAUUCAUAUUGUUUCUACCCAGAUUAUCUAUAUUAUCAUGUGAUGAAGCUCUCAUGCACAGACACCAGGAUUAAUAGUGCAGUUGGAUUGACUGCCCUGAUCACCACUGCUGGAGUAGACUCGGUCUUUAUCAUCCUUUCUUAUGUUUUGAUCAUUAAGACUGUCCUCAGCAUUGCAUCCUCAAAAGAUAGGAAGAAAACCUUCAACACAUGCAUCUCCCAUAUUGGGGCUGUUGCUGUAUUCUAUAUCCCAUUGAUCAGUUUGUCCUUUGUUCACAGAUUUGGGAAACAGGCUCCACCAUAUGUACAUACUAUGAUUGCCAAUGCCUAUCUGCUGAUCCCCCCUGUGAUGAACCCCAUUAUCUACAGUGUGAAGACCAAACAGAUACGCAGGGCUGUGCUGAAAGUUCUCCAUCCCAGUGCAGCAAAGAACUAG